CUUAAAACUUUUGAGCAACGCCAUUAAAGCGAAUUUGGCGGUUGCUAGCUCCGACACGGUCCGGGAAGGAAAAGGAAGAUUUCUUCGUGGAGAAGUGAGGUGACCUUUUGGCUUAUGAUGACCAAAAUGUAGGCACCGCUAAGGCUAAGUGGAUGGCGAUCUGGAGAGAAUCACAGCAUAUCAUAAAGCUCAGACACCAGUGGAAGCCAGGACUCACACUUUAAGAGGAGGACCACCAACCCAAACCUGGGGAGCCAGCGGAGCCCCAGGGUGCUGGAAUGGAGCAACUCAUAGAGUCACUGGAAAGGAAGCUGCAGAGACCCAUACUGGCUAAGUCCCGCACUCUCCCCAGCAUCCCCCAGUCUCCUACAGUCUCCAGGGUCCAUCACUCCGAUCUCAUUGGAGGGAGCCCUCCUCGCAGAAAGAACCUGCCCACUGACACCAGCCACCCAAAGGCCUGCACUCUGCCACCUGCAGGGGAACUGUGGCGUUUGGAGGAUGACAUGGAGGGUGAAGAUGAGCCUGAGCAUGUUGGUUGCAACGAGGCCCGCCCUCGUUCCCAGUCGCCCUUUUCCCACUUCCGGGCACGAGCUGCCUACCUUCGGAAGAGUGUCUCAGCAGAUGACCACCUGGACAUGGGCUCCGACUUCAACUCUGGGACCGUGGUCCAGGGAAAGCCGACCCGCAGCAAGGGCAAGCUGAAGAGAAAAUUUAGUCUGGGCUCUGCUGACCGAAAGGAGAAUCAGCACAAGAAGUCAGAGUCAGGGAUAUACAAAUUCACCCAUCGCCUGUCCCUCAAAGAGCGUGUGGCCAAAACAGAGAAGACUUCAACAGACAGACCUCAAUCCUACAGGAGACGAUCUCUUAGUGUGGACUGGGCUGACUCUGCCAAGAUGACGCAGCCCAUGAGGGGGGACCAGGCCCACCAGCCGGCCCCAGCCCGCAAGUCGGCCAGCCUUUCCUCGCCAAGCGCGGCUCGCCGCCUAUACCGCAACUUGUCUGGAAAGUUCCGUGUGGGCACCAACCCCCCUGCCCUGGAGGACAGUGUGGUGUCAGGACGGGGAGGAGACAAGGAGAGGCUGCGCAAAACCACCAUAUUUCAGAGUAAUGAAGCAUUGUUUGAGGCAGUGGAGCACCAGGAGCUGGACUUGGUACAGUUGCUUCUGUCCCAGUACAGUCUGGAGGAGCUGGACCUAAACACCCCAAACAGUGAGGGCCUCCUGCCACUCGAUAUCGCUAUCAUGACCAACAACGUGCCCAUGGCCAAGCUGCUGCUGCGAGCUGGUGCCAAGGAGAGCCCCCACUUUGUGAGUCUGGAGGGCAGAGCAGUGCAUUUGGCCACCUUGGUGCAGGAGGCCGAGCAGCGGGUGUCGGAGCACCAAGCCCAGGUUCGAAGUGAGGGUCCUGGCGAGCGGGAAGGAUCCGACCGGGAGAGGCAGCUGAAGGCCUGGGAAUGGAGGCUCCGGCUCUUCCGACGCAUGCAGACGGGCUUCGAGCAUGCUAACCCUCCAGACGCCCCCAGUGUAGUCCGCCUGUCUGUCAGCAGCAGCACCAGUCUGAGGGUGGACUUCCAGGAACCUCUCUGUGUCAACUCUGCUGUGGUUACCAAGUACAAAGUGAGCUGGAGCAGUUCUCCUUCAUUAAGUCCUUUGCUGGGUGAGAUGGUGGUGGAGGACACCACUCUGCUACAGUGCAACAUCACUGGACUCACUUCUGGGACCUAUUACUAUGUCCAGGUGUCAGCCUACAACAUGAAGGGCUGGGGGUCUCCACAAGUUUCCAUCCCUGCCUGUGCUGUACCUUCCAGUUGGAGGGAUAUCGAUGGCCGUGCUCCACGUCAGAGAGGCCAGAAGGAGGCACUAGACCAGCUACUUGGGCAGAUAAAAGAAGCUCACCGCCACUGUGUCUGUCAUGAACAGUGCAAAGCUCCAUCGCAAGGGAGGAAGCACUCAGUAUCCAAAAGCCUGCGCCACCUCUUCCAAACCACCAGCAAAUUUGUUAAAAGCUUGAAAAGAGGUCUCUAUUUGACAUCCAUACUAUACAGAGAUGACAACGUGUUGGUGACUCCAGAGGACCAGAUUCCUAUUGUGGAGGUUGAAGACUCUUAUUCCAGCUCCCUCAUGCAGGACUUUCUCUGGUUUACCAAGGUGUCCUAUCUAUGGGAGGAGAUUCCCUGGCUGCAGCAGUGUCUCAGUCCGUCGCAGUCAUCUUGUUCCUGUACUCUGCAGACACGCCUCAAGAUGCUGCAGGCUGUCUCCCUCUUACAGGGAAUGCUGGGAACCCAGGACCUUGGCCAGGUGUAUUUUGAGCCAAUCAAAGACAAGCAUGGUAACGCCCUGCUGGUGCUCCUGAAGGACAUGAAUGCCUGUCCUAACCUGGAUGGGGUUCGCUGGACGCAGCUUUGCAAACUCCAGCUCCAGCGCAAAUCCAUCUCAUCCCCUGAAGAGCCCACCGCCUUGGACAUGCUUCUCAUCACACUCCACGAGAAGCUGGCGUAUCACAGACGGAGCAGGAAGAUGUUGUCUCCAGGUUUAUACCUAGGCUACCUGAAGCUGUGUACAUCAGUGGAGCAGAUCAGAGCGCUGGUUCCUCAGAAGUUACCCAACGUCCUCUGUCACACCAAAAUUCGGGACAACAGCAACGUGUCAAGAGAGGAGUGGCAGUGGCUGCAGGCUCUCAGCUCUCUGGACGAGUCGUUGGAAAUGGACCACGAAGAACAGAGCGCUCCACAUCGCCUCCUACAGGACCUGCGCAGUGCUAUCAAGGACCUGAUGGCUCACAUCAAUGUCCCUGGCAAUCAGGUGCAGGACUUUCGUAUCUACAGCCAGGAAGUGGUGGAGUUUGGGGAGAAAGUGUCUUUUCUUCUCCUCCUGCCACCUUCAGAUGAAGUGUGCACAGCUCCUGGUCAGAAUAACCCCUACUCCCCUCGCUCUGGCUUCCUCACCCUGCCCCUACAGAUCUUUGAACUGGUCCACUUUAAUGCCUAUUGCCCCAGUUUCAUCGGCCAGUACUGCAGAGUCUCGGCUCUGCUGGAGCUGGAGUCCCUUAUGUCCCAGCAGGCACUGAGAGAAGCCUUUUCUGAGGCAGAGCUCCUUGCUGCUAAGAAGAAACACCAACAAGUCCAGGAGCACAUGCAGCAAAUGGAGGAGGUGUGGCGUGAUGCAAGGUGGAUCAUGGACGCCCUGCAGUAUGCCCGCUACAAGCAGCCAACAGGAGGCAUCUCCAUAAGCUGGAUAAUUGACUUCUCCAAGGAAGUGUUGCCCGACAAGCCUCCCUCCACCUCCUCUCAGCCAGACUUCAUGCCCUCGCCCAUGCCUUCACCUGAACCCUGCCGCAAGCACUCAGAUUUCGCUGGGCUAUCAGAUGAGGAGGGCUCCUCUGAGGUCUUCCUCACCACUGACAGUGACUAUGACUCCAGCCGUGCCCAGAGUCCCCGUGAGCUGGACCUCUUGCCCCCUUCUCCCCUCUCAUCUUCUGCUCCACUGGAGCCCCGUGGUUUCCUGCGUAGUGACGGUAGCGGCUCCGGAGGAGGGAUGUGUCUCAGCGGGGGUGGGCGUGGAGGUGGCGCACUAAGAGAUUCCACCCCAGAUGUCCUCCAAGCUUCUGAACCACAGCACGGGAGGGAAGGAGAGCGAUGCGGUGGAGGAGUUCGGUGUGUAGUGGAAAGGCGAAGGGGGGCCCCCGAGCUGUUUGACAGUGACUUCAUCCUGCCCAGCAGGCAGAUCGAGCUGUUGCACAUCACAGAGAAGAGACAGGCGUUCUGUGUGCGAACCAGCAGCCUGGAGUUCCCUUCCACCACCUCAGCCCACCAGCCUUACUCCUAUCACACUACUUGCCCCUCACCCUCCACCUCGCCACAGCGGAGAUGGCACAGGCCUUCGUCAGUGGACCGCUGUUGCUCGGCCGAGCGCUGCCUACCCCAUCUUCCACCAGCGCGUACGUUAUCAGAGGACAGCGGUACACAGAGACUCUCCUCACCAUCAUCUGCUGCCCUCAGGAAAGGCUGUCACACCACACUCAGAGUUUACCCGCAGUAUCGUACAGGCCUGCCAAAGGAGACCAGUGUUAAGCUUUGUGUAACUCCUGGAACAUCGGCACGGGAGAUGAUCCAGCUAGUUGUGCAGGAGAUGAAUGUCGUGUCGCGGCGCAUGCUCGGUGGCAGCGGUGGCGGUAGCGAACAGGAGCAGUGUGUGUACUACAGUCCUGAACAGUUGAAGCACUUUGGCCUCGUGCUGGUGGUGGACAAUAGAGAAAAGUGGCUUCAGGAUGAUUUCUGUCCCCUGGAACUCCAGAACCCCUGGCUGCGGGGCAAACUAUGUGUUCGCAUUAAGGAGUAUUCACCACUAGCGCUCAAACACAGUCGGGCCACCACAGUGUGACACUUUGAGGAGAGAGACUGAGGUCAGGAAAACAAUUAAGAGUUUGUGCCAUGUGCAGAUCCUUUGGAUUAUCUCUGGACAAACAUAUAUGGGAAUGAAGGAACUGUUAUAUUUGUACAAACAGGAUCCUUAAUUCGAUAUUUUCUCUCUCACUGUGGUAUUACUGUCCACAACUGCAGCUAUAACAUGUCAUAUUUUCUGCUGUGUUCUUAUCUGAAAUGCUUCUGUUUCCAUGAAAUGUGUUUCCCCGUACGUUUUUUUUCUGAACAUCAGAGACCCUCAUAUGGACACCAAAUGAACAAUAACAAAACUGAACAAAGAGAACACAGUUUUGUGCUGUCAGAAAUCAUUUGGGAAAAAGAUUGUGAUGCAGAGCAAGAUUAAUGGAGCGUCACAGUGACUUCUGGCAUGAUUGACGCCGGCACAUCGGGCCUCGCACGUUGCCAAAAUGAAAUGGCCAGCAUCAUCCUCCCCAGCCACACGCGGACACGGCUUUUCCGAUGAACUCUCUCAUUGUGUCAUUCCCAAAGAGCUGUCGGCUGCAGCCGCCCGGCCCCAUGUUCCCAGGAUGUGGGCUCUGGAGCCGGCCCAGAGGGCAGGAAGGAAGAGAGGAGUACAGAGGGGGGCUGGCGUCUCCGCUUGGGGACGCAAUCGGCCUGACGAUUUGGCCCGUCAGCCUGUCACUCAACUGCUCUUGGCCACUUUGCUGUCUGGUAGCAAAGCGGCCAAGCAGGGGAGAGAGAGCUUGAUAGAGAGUGAGAGCGAGAGAGGGCGAGGAGGAGGGUGGAAGCUGCAUCUUUCACAACCUGGCACUGGCUCUCUGGUGCUCGUUUUCUCCCUUUUGCAGCAACAAAUCCUCUGUAUAGUAGACUCAGUCGUAGUGUAGCAAACACUCAUCUUGUGAAGAAACACAAAAUAAAACCAGCUAAUUUGGAUUUUCACGACAGAGAAAACACAAGCAAUACUUGACUCUUUGUUUUUCUAAUAGAUGGGGAAAAAAGCAUGUAAACCUUCCAGAAUUGUGCUGAGUACAUCUAAAGUACUGUAGUUCAUGCUGUGCUUAAAGUUAACCGGUUCAGUGUUUUGUUGUGUUUGGUUCGAUGGUAUUCCCAGAUGCAUCAGAAAAUGGUGCCCGCCAGUCUAGAGCAGGGUCUCCCAAAGGGAUUCCAGUGUGAAGAGGAUGACUUACGUUGUUAAGAGGCCCGCUGUUUGUUAGAAAAACAUUAUUCCAAAUUCUCUUCUGAACUGCUUCAAAAUAAGUUAUAUAUGAAAGGACUUAACUAUAAGAUGGUUGAAAUAUAUGUUUUAGCUCCAAACAAACCACUAUGACCUGCAAUGCCUGUGACAGAUGGACAAAAUGUCAAAAGUGAAAUUUCCAGACUACAGCAAGCCAACCUUCUUCCAAAACAUGACAUUGUGGCUGUGGUCGAAUAGUCUUUUUUAAUUUGGAAGGUUUGUCACUGAGCAAAUUGACCUGGAAGUAUCUGUGGGUGUUUUCACAUUAGGCAUGAUUGUUUUGUAUUGUGCUAGAGCCCAAUUGUGCACAAUUGCUCCCCUUCGCCUCUCCCAGUCAGCUUUCACAAUAGUAAAGUCGAGAGUACGCUUACAUAUGUACACACUCUGAUACAGUAGGUGGUGGUAUGCAUGUAGACGGUUUGCAAUCCACCAGUACACACAAGAAGAAGCAACCACUAACGUCAUGAACUAAGCACAUUUGUUCAUGUUCCGAGCGGUAAAUGGGCCCCGUGCUGCACUGAUACGAAGGUCUGAAGAGACGGAUGGGAUUGAGGAAUUCCGUCACAACUCUGUUUGCUGACUCGACUGGUUGUCCAUGAGGUGAGAAACAGAUCAGUAAUUGAAUAGAAAAUUCUCUUUUGAUUGUGCAUCGAAAAAAAGUAUGGGCUAGCUCCCAAACCAGUGACAGAAGUCAUGUUACUAUAAUGGCAGUGACCACGGCACACACACUUCACACACCCCCUGCAGACCAUGCAGGGGUACGUACUCAAACGUACUUAGAUCCAGGCCCGGGUCGCUAAUGUGAGAGCACCCUGAAUGGCAGCCACAAUAGGAGCUGGUCUUAUUCUCUAAAUGCUCAGGAAGUGCUUCCUGUCUUAUCUCCUUUAAAAUAGGACGCAGCGGACUAUCCUUUACAAAUGAAAGGAGAUAAUGCUGUCCCAGAAUUCUUUGUGGCAGCAAAUUUAAAGCUUAAACAUACAUACAAACAUACAAUUUGUCUGUUCUUAAAAACAAACAAUGUGAUUUUCUUGCAUAAAUGUAACAGUUACUUUUAACACAGUCAUACUAACUGGAAGUUUUUGUAAUUAAGUAAUUUACCGGGUUGUCCAAAUUUAUACAACAUGCAUGAAGCAACAUGAUAAGAACUCAUGGGGCAAAGUAUCCCAGACCACAUUUAUUCUAACAACAUAAUGAAUAAGGCCUCUUAACAAUCGAAAUCAUUCUCUUUAGCUCAUUUUUGGGAACCUGUGCCAUGUUUUAAUUUCUCUGUUCACACUAUACAGUCUGUUCACACUGAGCACCACAUGUCAAACUGUAGGCUGUUGUUUUUUUGUUAUUUUUUUCCUUUCUAUCAACUGUUUUCCAGCAUAUGAUAAAUACUUUUCAGGCUGUAAAAGGUCAGCACAUGCUCAGCAACAUCGUACCAUUAUAAUAACCUGCAGCAUUUCCAAAUGUAGCACCAGAAAGUUUCUUUUGGGGAGAGGGUGAUGGGUGUGAGCGGACCUGAACUCGGUUACUGUAGCAUUCCAGGUUCCCAGGAUGUUGUGGAUCCUGUCGCAGGGGGGAGUUAACAGUGGCAUCUCUCAAAGUGUUUACAGAGUUUAGUUUCCUUACACUUUCAAAGACGUGUUUACGUGUAACUACUGUAUAAAGAUGUCUUAAGAUGUUA